UCCGAUGUCACGUGAAGGCAACAGGCGAGGUGCGUUUUUACUGUUCAGUUCGGAACACAACCGACGUCACUGCCACCAUGUUGGAUCCGGAAGUAGGCAGAGCCGAUGCAGGAAUCCCGAGCUGAGCUCACCGUCAGCGGCUGCUUUUUCACCCGAUCGGUCGACCGAUUCCCGGUUCUCCCCUUUAACAUCCAGGUUACAUGCUGCGUGGCUUUCCGGCCUGUCGAGGUAGGCGCAUUUCUUCGGAUUUGAUCGUUUCGCAACACCGGCUAUGGCCUCAAUCAAGCAGAGAAACUCGGGCCUCGUCCAGCGGAGGACCGAGGCCAUCCGCAGCGCCGCCGACAAGGACAGGGACUCCGCCGAGGAGGAGGACGAGGCGCGCCGCGGGGAGGAGGAGGACGACGACGAAAAGCGAGACUCGAAGGAAACCCGACUCACGUUAAUGGAGGAGGUGUUGCUACUGGGCCUCAAGGACCGAGAGGGCUACACGUCUUUCUGGAACGACUGUAUUUCCUCCGGUCUCCGCGGGUGCAUGCUGGUGGAGCUGGCCCUCAGAGGGAGGCUGCAGCUGGAGGCCUGCGGGGUGAGGAGAAGGAGCCUCCUGUCGAGGAAGGUGAUCUGCAAGUCUGACGCGCCGACGGGGGACGUGCUACUGGACGAGGCCCUGAAGCACAUCAAGGACACCCAGCCUCCAGAGACCGUCCAGAGCUGGAUCGAGCUGCUGAGCGGAGAGACCUGGAAUCCCCUGAAGCUGCACUACCAGCUCAGAAAUGUUAGAGAGCGUUUGGCAAAAAACCUGGUCGAGAAAGGUGUGCUCACGACAGAGAAGCAAAACUUCCUGCUCUUUGACAUGACCACACAUCCGCUCACCAACAGCACCAUAAAACAGCGCCUCGUCAAGAAGGUCCAGGAGUCCGUUCUGGAGAAGUGGGUCAACGAUCCCCACCGCAUGGACAAGCGGGUUCUGUCCCUGAUCCUCCUGGCCCACUCGUCCGACGUGCUGGAGAACGCCUUCGCCCCGCUGCAGGACGACCAGUACGACCUGGGCAUGAAGAGAGUCCACGCGCUGCUGGAGCUGGAGCCGGAGAAGGAGAGCGCAAAGCCCAACGUCAACGAACUCAUGUGGGCGGUGGUGGCCGCGUUUACUAAAUGAGAAACGCCCGAUUGUUUGGACUGGAAGAUCUGGCGACGGUCUCCGUUAUUUAAUUGGUUGAAGGACUUCACUUGAAUGAGACAAUCUAUUUUGGUUGGGGCGCCUGUUGGUACGUCGACUCCGGAUGACGUUUUGGUGGCAGUCCAUAAUAACCCAGUGCAAUCUGAUUGGUGGUGGGCUUCACCGAGUCGCGCGUGGUCGGUUGGAACUGUCUCUAAAUCAACAACAACAACAACAAAAUGACUUGUCUGCUUUCACACAGUGAGGUAUAUUAUCUGCUGCUGCGAGGGCUGGAUAUUCUUACAUUCGUCAACACGACCGGCAGAUGGCUUUCUGUUCAUGUUAGAUGGCAUCAAAGGAUGAAAGCAGGUGGCGGCAGUAGUUGAGGUGAAAUAUGAAGAUUUUUUUUGGACUGGGGCCAAGAUGUCCUUCUUCACUAAGGGAAACAUCACCGCUACCUUUCUACAAGGUCUGGCCAGAAUCAAACCCUGGUCUCGUCUCCAUUCCCCCCCCACCCCACACACACACACGCUUAUGCAAGGACGACCAGAUCAGUCACUCUUGUUUUCACAUUCAUCUCUCCUUUUCUAUUUUCUUCCUCAUCGACGUUUGAGGAGGAAAAGGAGGACACGAUCGCUGACUGCAUCGGUGCUCCUGAGCCGGGUGAUUCUGGCCCUCUAACUUUAACCCAAAUGAAGAAUUAAACCUGGAGUCUAACAAAUCUCUUUAUCUUAUUCCUUGCAAUGGGUCCAUUCUGUGUUUUUUGUAGGAUGAGACGAGUCUUCCAUUUCUAUUUAUGUUGCUAAUCGAUGCUUACAGUAGUCUGCCAUUUAUCAACUAUUUUGCACAGUCACUAGUCCCGUAGGCAGGGUCGCUCUUCGUAGGGAUGUUUUCUUGGCUUGAGACGACGCGGUUGGACACGAUGAGCCUCGGCGAACGAAAGAGAAAUAGCUCAUUUAUUUUGUCUACAGCUCUUGAUCUUUAUGAAUACUUUUUUAAAAAAUCAUUCCUCUGGGUAUAUAGAAAUAAAAGUGAGUCGAGAUGUAAAAAAACAAAGCGGUGAUCGUAUCUGUUGGGAUUCGGAUCGCCGUGAAACAGCCGGCGCGAGAUUUACAGGCUGAUCGUCAGCGGCUGCUCACACUUAUGGGGUGGGAAAUGUAAGCCAAAUGGGCUAGUUUGUAUUCUGAGAAGGGGUCGGUUCACCCAAAGUCGGGAAAAAACACCUUGUUUAACAAUAGUGGCAUCUCGCCAAGGUUUUGGCUUUAUGUUUUGAAAUGUCUCGUCUUAAAAACGGGUAAAUGGAAUUUCCUUUUUUAGAUUCUUGUCGGCAGUAAAUUCCCAAAGCAUCUGGAGUUUCCAACGAAUCCCCAAUCUUUACUGUUUUCUUUCGAAGUACUCUUUGCAGUAAAGAUAUCUAAAAAACACAUUUAAAAAAAGCCCGUUCUGUGGAUUCCCUCGAUGCCGCCAGAGGAAACUGUAUUUGGUUAUUUGGGUGAACCGAUCCUUUUAAAGUCUCCCUCUUGCUAUAUAUUGUAUCUCUCAGUUUGUAUGUCAUAAUUAGAUGUUCUUUCUAUCCGGUCGGCCCGCGCGGGCGUGUUUAUAUUUUUUGAUACAUGCAGCUUAUUGGAGGGUUACUCGGGGGCCCAGAUGAAUCCUGGGUAACGGCCGACAGGCGGAAACCAUCUCCAGUCACGCCUCUGUUUCAGAAUCACAUGAUUGUAAACAUGGACUUACAUCUCCUCUCGUUUCAUGGCAUUCUUAUUGUUCUGUCUUCCUAUGUAUUUUUUUUUUUUUACCAUCAACAUACCAGUAGGUCUGAAGAACUGUUGAGAUGCGUUUACAGCAAAGAGACCAUGCAUGCUAUCGGUGGAGGGCUGGGGUACUUGUGGAUCUCGCGGCGGAGAAAAGGCGUCUAUGUAAUUAUUCAUUUUAUGUGUACGAUCUAAUGGAAUUCAAUGAAAGGGAUCUUCUCUCUAUAAUUCUGUAUGCUUUUGUAUUGCCACACAAAAUAAAGUAAGGAUCCUUUAAGUGCCUGAAUUUA